AUGAACCGUUUUGUGUUCUUGUUCCUCUUCCUGUACCUUACUGGUAUUGCGGCUCAAUCAAACAUUCCCAAUGAAGACCCUGGUUGGAGAAAUGAUCAGGACAAUAGUCAAAAGUUCAAAUGGCAUCAAUUCUCCUCUACAACAUCAGACGAACAGUCUUUUGUCCUGAAAUAUCUUGAUGAUAAAGAAACUCUUCCAUCAUCUCAACAAUAUGAUGCUCGUUUGAUUGGUACUGCUCAUUUGUCUUCGAGAGACGCACCAUCUUGUCUCUCAUUCACCUAUCAAAUAACGGGCGAUAAAUCGAAUAAAUUGUCUGUUUUCGUUCAUAAUCAACAUGUUUGGCGUAGUCGAUUCGUACAAGGACAAAGUCGAACACGAGUACAAUUGAAUAUCUCAUCAUUCGUGUCAACUGAUUCGUCUCGAAUAGCAACUCAGAUUGUUUUCAAUGGACAGUUAGCUGAAAAUGUAGAAAUUCAAGUCGAAAAUAUUCAAAUUAGCCAUCAAGCAUGUCCUUCAAUAUCGAAAGAAUCAACGAAAAAACAAUCGACUGAACCGAAAACAUCUGUUCAUUCACGAACAACUCGAUCAAUAACAUCUAAAGCUGUUCCUGGCUACGAUUGCACAUUUGAACAAGAUUUCUGUGGAUGGACACAAGGUCCAAAUGCUACUCUAGCAUGGUUUCGUGAACAACCAGCAUCGAAUAAUCUUGCUGGUAUCGUUGGUCCUCUAACUGAUCAUACUUAUGGAAAUUCAACCGGCUAUUACGUGACUACACGAUUAGAAAUCCCUGUCAUUUCGCUUAACGACAUUGAUAUAUCAGAAUUGAUUAGUCCACGAUUGCCAGAUAAUACAGCUGCUCCAAUGUGUGCUGAUUGGUGGUAUCAAAUGCACGGAACAGAUGACACUGAGUUGAAUGCUUAUUUGAUUGUCAAUGAAAAUUUUACAGCACCUAAAGCAGCAUGGCGACGAUCGGGUGAUCAAGGGCGUCAUUGGCAACAUGGUCAACUACAAAUUAAUCCUGGAGAUAAUAUAACACGAGUUGCUUAUGAGGUUGUCGCAAUUUGGAGUAUUCGAUCCGAAGUUUCAUUAGACGAUCUGACACUCGCUGAUGGGCCAUGUAUUCAACCAGAUUUCUAUGGAAUUGAUUGUACAUUCGAAGAAGAACAUAUCUGUGGUUAUUCAUCUGAUCCAACUGGACAAUUCGCAUGGACUCGAGGUCAAGGUUCAACACCAACCUCUUCAACAGGCGCGACUCAAGAUCAUACACUCGGAACUUCGCUAGGUCAUUUCAUGUAUAUCGAAUCAUCAAGUCCACAGAGACCUGGUCAAAAAGCUCGUCUCUUGUCCACUUUCGAACAACCUGAGAAAGGUCGCUGUCUCGAAUUCUGGUACCAUAUGUAUGGCAAGGAUGUUGGUCAACUAAAUGUCUACACCAGCACAAAUACAUCGGCAGCUGGUGCAAUGACACUUCUCUGGUCACGCGGUGCCAAUGUCGGCGAUGUUUGGCGUAAAGCGCAUGUUUCAACAGAAAGUACAGAACCAUUUCGUGUCAUCUUCGAAGGAGUUAUCGGCAAAGGAUUUGAAGGAGAUAUCGCUAUCGAUGAUGUUCUUCGUUUGAGUAAAUCAUGCAAGGAACCAAAUGAUUGUGAUUUUGAAGAUGAUUCGUUUUGCGGCUGGGAAAAUGUAAAAACCGAUCAAUUUGAUUGGGAAAUAACAAAUGGUCCGUCAUCAACCUCUUUAGUCAGCGGCCCUUUGUACGAUCACACACUAGGAACAAGUUUAGGCUCGUAUGGAUAUAUUGAUACAAAUAAAAAUCGAAAAAUAAAUGACACAGCUAUCCUUAUAUCGCAAUCUAUGGCCAAUGUUGGUACAAAUGGAAUGUGUUUAGAAUUUUUCUAUCAUAUGUACGGUCCAGGUAUUGGCAGAUUGACUGCUUACUUACAACUGGAAGGUUUUCAACCGUUGGCUAUGUGGACAUUAGCAGGUGAACAGCAGGAUGACUGGUUGCAAGCGAAAGUUGGUUUUGCUGUGAAUUCGGAUCACUCACUUUUAAUCGAAGCGAAAAUAGUUGAAUUGAAUGACGGUGAUAUUGGUAUUGAUGAUAUUUCAAUAACCAAUGGAUACUGCAACACACUUCCACCGUUUGCUGUACCGCAAGAUGGCUUUACAACCACACCAACGCCAGCAACAACGAAAGUAACAACUCCACCACGUCCACCAACGGCUUACGAUUGCGAUUUCGAAACUGAUGAAUGUUCAGCAGGAUGGACAAUCAAAGGACAACCGGAACUUACAUGGACACGUACUCAAGGCUCUACUGCUUCGCAAGUUGAUCAACACAAUCCAUUGUACGAUCAUACGGGAAAUCAAGUACAAGGCCACUAUCUUUCCCUUACACCAACAAAAUCAACUCCAUUUCCUAAUAAGAAUGUUACUAGUCAAUUUGUUAGUACAACUAUGAGCAACAGUCGCCAAUGUUUAGAAUUUUGGUACUUUAUGUAUGGUUCACACGUUGGUUUAUUAAAUGUCGAAAAACUUUCUGGUAUGUUUUCGCAAUUACGAUGGAGUUCAACAGGUGGCAAAGGCUAUGAAUGGUAUCAUGCGCAAGUUAAUCUCCAAUCGUCAACAAGCAAUCCAUCACAAUUUAAUGUUGCUAUUGAAGGUAUUUGGUCAGAAAGUAAUCGUGGCUCAAUUGCUAUCGAUGAUAUUACUCUUCUCAAUGGUACAUGUCGAACAUCAACUGAUCAAUGUGAUUUUGAUUCCGACGAUACAAUUUGCGGAUUCACCAAUGAUCAAACUGGACAGUUCAAUUGGAUUCGUGGUUUAGCAUCUGCUGUACAAGCCGGCGUUAAUCCUAACAAUGAUCAUACGACUUUAACAGGUGAAGGUUAUUACAUGUUAGCAGAAGGAAAAACUCGCAAUGCUAAUGAUCGCGCUCGACUUCUCACACCCGUUCAAGAUCGCACAAGCGGUUCAUGCUUGCAUUUUUGGUAUUUUCAACACGCAGCAACAAAACAAAUGAAAUUAAACGUUUUCGUCGCACCUCAAGGACCUGUUCUUUGGUAUCAUGAUGGAAGUUUAUCAAAUCGUUGGUUAUAUGAACAAAUUAACAUCAAUAGUCCUAAUCAACCAUGGCAAGCUGCAUUUGAAGCUGAAGUUUUAACACAAAAUCCUGAUGCAAGCGUCGCUCUCGAUGAUGUAUCCAUCACGCGAGGUACUUGUCCAAAACCAGGCGACUGUACGUUUGAAAGUGAUCUAUGUGGUUGGGUAAACGAUGACGUCGAUGUCGAAAUGGAUUGGCUUGUCGGUCAAGGUGUACAUUCUUUUGGAACUGGUCCACAGUACGAUCAUACAACGAAUACGGCACAAGGAAAAUAUUUAAUGAUUGAAACAUCAUUUCCAACAAAACCAGGCGAUCGGGCACGCUUGAAAAGUGCUGUUUUCGAUAGUACGAAUAGUGAUGCUCGAUGUUUUCGAUUUUGGUAUCAUAUGUACGGUGAUUCAAUUGGCACAUUGAAUGUUUAUCUAUUCAAUAGUACAUUUACACGUUUAUGGUCUCUAUCAGGCAACCGUGGUAAUAACUGGUAUGAAGGACAAGUUUCAUAUGUUUCAUCGGUGCCACAUCAGAUUUUUGUCGAGGGUAUCGCUGGAAAAGAUUAUCUGGGAGAUAUUUCAAUCGAUGAUUUUACAUUCACGACAAGUAAUUGCUCAAUUCGACCAAUGCAUGAUGCAGUACCAACUGUUGGAACAACGAUGCCACCAACGACAACAACAACUCGAACAACAGUAGCACCACAAUCGCCUUUGGAUUGUAAUUUUGAACAAGGGGUUCUCUGUCCAACAUGGACCCACGAUAGCACUGCUGAUUUUCGAUGGGCAUUACAACAAGGUCAAACAUCUUCAGGAAACACUGGUCCAAGUGUUGAUCAUACGUAUGGUACACCUCAAGGAUGGUACAUCUAUAUGGAAGCCAGUUAUCCACAGACAGAAAAUCAACGUUGUCGAAUCGUAUCUGAAGAAAUCACAGGACAACGAUGUUUGCAAUUUUGGUAUCAUAUGUAUGGCAUGGACAUUGAUACAUUGAAUAUUUAUGUCAAGAUGAACAAUCAACUGAACAAACCGGUGUGGACACGAUCAAGAAAUCAAGGUGAUAUAUGGUUAAAAGGACAAUAUGCGAUCUUUCCACCAGCAAACACGAAAUAUCAGAUUGUUUUCGAAGGCAUCGUCGGAAAAUUUCAUCUUGGUGAUAUUGCACUCGAUGAUAUUGUCGUCUCCGAUUCAUGUCCAAAGGAUGAUCGACUCUGUACAUUUGAAGAUACAAAUAUCUGUAAUUACGCCAAUGAUGUUGCCGUCCAGUACAAUUGGGUACGCACGACUGGUGAUGAUCAAUUCAUGAAUAAUAACAAACCAACUACAGAUCAUACUGAUGGCACAGGCAAUGGUGCAUACAUGAUCGUUGAUGUCACUCAAUCAUUGGCAUCAGCAACGAAUCAACGUGCACGUCUUAUUUCGCAAACAAUCGUUCCAAAUGGAGAACAAUGUAUUGAGUUUUGGUAUUAUGCAGAUGCUAAAGUAAUUAGUACAUCGUCGAAAUUGAACUUAUUCGUACGACCAUACACAGCAGCUUCGAACUCAUCCGAUUAUCUACUUUGGUCAAAAUCUAUUCUUCAAGAACGACAAUGGCGAAUUUCUCAACAACGUGUUCCACAUGGUCUCGUUGUAAAACCGUAUCAAGUUGUGUUCGAAGGAAUCGUUUUUAAAUCUGGCACUGAUAUACCUACCAUAGCUAUUGAUGACGUGUUUGUUCGCGAUCGCGCUUGUCUAGAACCAGGCGACUGUGAUUUUGAAAAUGGAAUGUGUACAUGGAGAAAUAUGUUGCUUUUUGGAAAUGCUACUUGGGUGAUUGGCUCUGGUUCAUCGAAACCACCUUACAACGGACCGCAAAAUGAUCAUACGCUAGGCGCUGAUAAAGGUCAAUAUCUUUUACUCAGUUCAUCAUUUACUAAUCAACAAACAGUGGUGGCUGUUAUUCAAAGUGAAACUUUCCCACCAACAUCUCGUGCUGGCCGCUGUUUAACAUUCUGGUACAUUAUGCGGGGUAGUCAAUUAGGUCGUGUAGAUGUGAGCAUUUCUACCAGUAAAGACACAUCUAUGAUCUGGGCAUUUGGCACGACAAGUCAAGGUGAUACGUGGAACUUCGCCUCAAUUGGCUUUUACACCGAUGAUGAUUAUACUAUUAUCAUCGAAGGCACUGUUAAUGGACAAAUGCAAGGAUAUUAUGCUAUUGAUGAUCUUGAUAUUCGCGACAGCUUUUGUGGAACAACUCCAACGAAUGCGGGAAUGACUAUUCUCACUACACCUGCAACAGCCACUCGACCAACGACAUCUGCUCAAAUUCCGAGUAUUUACGAUUGUACAUUCGAAGUUGAUUUCUGUUCAUGGACACAUCGUGCUGAUGCUCAACUUAACUGGACACGAAAUCAAGGCAAAACAGAUUCAUUUGAAACAGGCCCUCAAUUCGAUGUUACAACACAUACAGAUCAAGGCUGGUACAUCUAUCUUGAAGCCUCACAUCCUGCUGUUUUGAACGAUACAGCACGUUUACAAUCACCAUCGAUCGCUGGUUCAACAACAAAAUGUUUCGAAUUUUGGUAUCAUAUGUAUGGACCAGACGUAAAUCGUUUAGAUAUAUUAACUAUUGAUUCAUCCGAUCAAGAAACAACGGUAUGGUCUCGUGAAGGAACUCAAGGAAAUGUUUGGCGUUUAGGAAAAGUCAAACUCAAUGACAUAACUAACGAAUAUAGUAUCAUCAUUCAAGGUGUUGUCGGUAUCGAUUAUCAAGGUGAUAUCGCCCUCGAUGAUCUCGUACUUAUUGACGGAAACUGCCCAAGCGAUUUACCAUUAGAAUGCGAUUUCGAUGAUGAAGGUAUCUGCGGUUUCACACAUGAUAUUACACAAAAGCAUCAAUGGAAAAGACAUAAAGGAGCAACACCGGGCCUUUUAAACGGACCAAGUGUCGAUCAUACUACACAAAGUGUCAACGGUUAUUAUAUGUAUACACCAAGUGCUAGUUCAGCUAAAGUUGGAGAAAAAGCUCGAAUAAUGUCUCCAUGGAUGAACAAAACAAACGGACAAUGUCUUUCGUUUUGGUAUCACAGCUAUGGUGUUGAUGUCGGAUCGUUAACAGUUUAUAGACGUGUAGAAUCAUCUGAUGAUCUCUAUCCAAUAUGGAAAGUUGAUUACAAUUUUGGUGAUAUAUGGAAUGCAGCAGAAAUAUCAAUUCCGUAUACAAACGAACCUUAUGCAAUUGUAUUCGAAAGUGAAUAUGGAAUUGGAUACUUCGGUGAUUUGGCUAUCGAUGAUGUUUUCAUUCGAAACGGAGCAUGUCCAGUGUUAGGUUCAUGUACAUUCGAAUCUAUCGAUUUUUGCACAUGGCACAAUCUUCGUGUACCACAAGAUGAAUUUGACUGGCUUAUCGGUCAUGGUGAAACAGACUCAGCGUUUACAGGUCCAACUGUCGAUCACACUUACAAUGAUCCAUUCGGUUAUUAUGCUUUCCUUGAAGCAUCUUACCCUCGUCAAGAAGGAGAUCGUGCUAUGCUUGAGUCAACUAUCUUUCUACCAACAUCAACAAUCGGCUCUUGUUUUUCGUUCUGGUAUCAUAUGUACGGAGAUAUUGGUGCAUUGAAUGUUUACAUCAAGAGUUUCAAAGCAAAAGAACCACUAUGGAUCUGGACAUUACAAGGUGACAGAGGUAAUCAAUGGUUGAAUGGUCAAGUAACAAUCCGUUCAAGCGCAUACUUUCGAUUACAAAUUGAAGGAGUUAUUGGUACAUCGUUUCAAGGAGAUGCAGCUAUCGAUGAUCUUCGUAUUUUUGAAAAUCCAUGCGUUCUAACACCGUCAGAUGCUGAUCCAACACUACUUCCACCAUCAACAACGACAACACUUGCACCUACAACACCACUUUCAUUAGGACCCUACGAUUGUACAUUCGAAACUGGUAUCUGUAAUGGUUGGGAUAAUAUGGCAAAUAAUCGAUUUAAUUGGACGAGAGUUCAAGCUCUAUCUACACCAGCACCACUAAUCGAUCACACAACGCACACUGGUCAAGGUUACUAUAUGACAGCUAAUCUCGGUCAACGUCAAAAGAACGACUAUGCUCGUUUCAAAGCUCCACUUCUCAAUGAUUUACAAUGUAUGACAUUCUACUAUCACAUCUAUGGUCACGGCGGUACUCUCAAUGUUUACAUGGCUUUGGGUGAUAAUCUUGGCCUUCCACUCUGGACACGAACAGGCUCACAAGGAGAUGUUUGGCGAUUCGGUCGAAUGGCAGUAUCAAAGAGUAAUACUAAUAUCGUUUUUGAAGCUGUUGCUGGAUCAAAUGCAAUCGGUAGUGUAUCUAUCGAUGAUGUUAUGUUUACACCAGGUUCAUGCAAGGAAAGCGCUGCUAUUGGUGGAUCUUGUACAUUUAUCGAUUAUAAUCAAUGCGGUUUUACACAAAAUGCUACUGUUUCAUCACUUAUAUGGAAAACAUAUUCGGGUGGUGCUAGUGCACUACGUACAACACCAAUUCCUUACGACCAUACAACUGGUACAAAUCUUGGAUCCUAUGUUUAUCUCGAUUUAGAAAAUCAAGGUGAAAAUCUUAGUGGAAGUCUAUUCUCGCAAAUGUAUGAAGGAACAAAGAACAAUACUUAUUGUGUCGAAUUUUAUUAUGUACUCGUUGGUUCAAAUACGUCGUUUACUGCUUAUUCCGAAACGGAUACAGGCAUCAAACGGCCGAUUUUCACACGAAGUUACGAUCACGGAUUGUCUUGGGUCAAAGGUGAAGCAUCAGUCACAUCAAACAGCAAUUUUCGAAUUGUAUUCACGGUAACAACUGGAUACUUCCGGCAAGGAUUUGUUGCACUCGAUGAUUAUACAUACAAAUCAGGUGAAUGCGGUUUUCGUCAAAAUGAAUGUAGUUUCGAUGAUGGUUCACUAUGUUCAUGGACAAAUGCUGCAGACAAUCAAUUCGAUUGGCUUGCACAGAAAGGAUCAACUGUUACAACAAAUACAGGACCAAGUGGAGAUCAUACUACGGGUAAUGGGUACUAUCUUUAUAUUGAAACAUCGUCACCAGCUCAACUCGGAUGGAAAGCUCGAUUAGAAUCAGAAAUCUAUUUUGAUAAUAGUGUUAAUUGCUUCGGAUUUUGGUAUCAUAUGUAUGGCGCUCAUAUUGGACGAUUGAGUGUCUAUUUACGCUCAUUAGGACCGAAUAACUUCACCAGUGAAACAUUAGUUUGGGUCUUAGCUGGACCACAAGGAAAUAAUUGGAGACAUGGUUUCGCACCGAUCACAGCAAAUGGACGAUAUCAAAUUGUUGUUGAAGGUGUUCGUGGAAAGAGCUUUGAAGGAGAUAUCGCUAUCGAUGAUAUUGGUAUUUCAACAACGCACUCAUGUACGCUACAACCAGUCGACGCUGAUCCAAUACAAGUAUCUCAACAAGCAAUUUCAUGCGGUUUCGAAGAAAACUUCUGCCAAUGGCAACAUGAUCCAACUGGAAAAUUUAAUUGGACAAGACAUACAGAAAGCACGCCGUCACUUGAUACUGGACCAAGCUCAGGUGCUGACAACUCACCCUACUACAUCUAUAUCGAAGCAAGUGUCCCACAACUACCAGGCGAUCGUGCUGGUAUAAUAUCACCGGUGAUCUCAAAAGCAAGAUCUGCUAUGUGCUUUCAAUUCUAUUAUCAUAUGUGGGGUUCUCACAUAGGAUCAUUGCAAGUUUCAGCUGUUCAAAAUACACCGAAUGGUCAGCAACAAAUUUUACUUUGGGAACGCAAUGAAACACAAGCGAAAGAAUGGCGCGCGACUUAUCUCAAUCUUCGUGAUAUUCCGUACGACUUUGCAUUGAAGGUUGAUGGUUUCGUUGGUAACGGUUGGGAAGGAGAUAUCGCUGUGGAUGAAUUCUUUUUACUUGAUGAUGAAUGUCCACCAUCACUUUGGUGCGAUUUCGAAUCAAAUUUCUGCGGCUGGACAAACGAUACAACUGGAGACUUCUACUGGACUCGAGCUCAGAAAGCUACAGAUACAGAUGGUACUGGACCAACAACAGAUCAUACUACUGGAACUAAUCAUGGUUAUUACCUUUACAUUGAAACAUCAUCUCCUCGAAAACCCGGUGAAAAAGCUCGAAUCGUUAGUCCAAUGUAUCCUGCAUCAUCAUCGGUUUGUUUGAAAUUUCAUUAUCAUAUGUACGGAGCAUCGAUUGGCACGUUAAACGUGCUCCUGGCAAGUACAAAACAAGUGUUAUGGACAAAGAGUGGUAAUCUCGGUAACCGAUGGCGUUUUGGACAUGUGACCGUUCGUAGUAACGAUCAAUAUCAAGUAGUGUUCGAAGGCAUCGUUGGUUCAAGUUUUCAAGGCGAUAUUGCUAUUGAUGACAUCAUGAUAGCCAAUGGAGCGUGUGAAGAAGAAGGAAGUUGUACGUUUGAAGAUGCAACAUUUUGCGGAUUUUACAAUACCAGAGAAGAAGAUGAUUUUGAUUGGACACUAAUUCAGGGCGAAACAUCCUCGGACAACACAGGACCGCUUGCCGAUCAUACAACUGGAACAAGUGCAGGUUAUUAUGUUUACAUCGAAUCGUCGGCUCCGCAAAAACUUGGAGAUAAAGCUUGGCUCGUUAGUGAAGUUCUCGAAUCACCAAAAGGUGCUUGUCUAGAUUUUUGGUAUCACAUGAAAGGUGGUACAACAGGCAAUCUAACUGUAUUACAUCGAAAUAUGGACAAACAACCAACAACUUUAUGGUCGAAAGAAGGCGAUCAAGGUGAUAAUUGGUUAAAUGCAAAAGUCGAUAUACCAGUAACAAACGAUCACUAUAAUUUCAUUUUCGAAGGCGUUGUGGGUGACGGCUUUGAAUCGGAUAUUGCUCUUGACGACAUUAGUUUAGUGCAAGGUGGUAAUUGUGCUUUCCUAGCAUCGACAACUCAAGCACCUGUGACACCACAGACAGCAGCAUACGAGUGCGAUUUUGAAGAUGGCUCAUUCUGUGAUUGGCAAGUCGAAUCAGAUGACAAAUGGAUAGUAUCAAGUGGCCAAACCGCUGUUUAUGGCAAAGCACCAUUAAUCGAUCAUACGAAACAAAACGUCCUUGGCAAAUACGCUUAUGUACCAAUAGAAGGAAAAGGCGGUCCACCUUAUUUUGCUACACUCGGCAUUCGUUCAUUACCACGAGGUGUUACGUUCUGUCUCGAUUUCUGGUAUCAAUCGUUCAUUUCGAGCACUACAUCACUCAAUGUGUAUAUGCAAAACGGUACAGCAGCUGCCGUAGUUCUAUGGAGUCGACCUGGCACAACAGUACGCGAUCAAUGGACUCAUACAUCAAUUAAUUUAGGAACGAUUCGUGGUCCAACACAUGUCACUAUCUCAAGCAAUGUCGUACCUACUUCAACUGGUUAUGUUGCUCUCGACGAUGUGAAAAUACUCAAUGGUGCUUGUCCUGCACCACGUGUUUGCGAUUUUGAAGAUUCGUCAAUAUGUGGUUAUCAAAACGAUGCUACAGCUGACUUUUCAUGGUCAAGACAUCGUGGUUCAACAUCUUCAUCAGCUACAGGCGCUACAAAUGAUCAUACAUAUGGCACUGGUAUUGGCUAUUAUAUGUACAUCGAAACAAGUCCUCCGCAAAAACAAGGCGAUAAAGCUCGACUCAUCUCACCUGAAUACAAAGUUGCCGCCGGUGGUUCAUGUCUACAAUUUUUCUAUCAUAUGUGGGGUGCAAGCACUGGUGCAUUGAAUGUCUACCUUAAGGUUGGUCAAACUUUGGAAGGUCGUCCUUUAUGGGCACUUAGUGGAGAUCAAGGUGAUUUCUGGCGACCAGCACGUGCAACAAUACGUACAAAUUCCAAAUAUCAAGUCGUUUUCGAAGGUGUCGUUGGUCCAGGUUAUACAGGCGAUAUUUCCAUCGAUGAUGUAUCUGUUUCUGCUGGACCUUGCUCAGCACCUGGUUCCUGUACAUUCGAACAAGAUCUAUGCGCUUGGACACCAUCUAAUCAGAAGAACCACUUUGACUGGUAUCGUCUAUCAUCCAAACAAAUCGGUUUACUUUACAACAAUACAGACUAUCCAUCAACUGAUACUACAAUAAAUAAUCCCUACGGGCACUAUCUUUGGUCAGCGUCUGAUUUUCGAUCAAACAAACCAAACCAAACAUCGUUCCUCUAUUCUGAAAUUCUUCUCGCAUAUCAAUAUCAAGGUGGCGCAUGCGUCACAUUCAGCUACUAUCUAGCUGGCUCAGCAACAUUGAAUCUCUACUCACGUCCUCGACCAGCAGGUCAGAAUGCAUCGUUAAUAUGGACGCAAACAGAUGAUCAUUUGGAUUAUUGGUUACAAGAAGAACUCGAUAUACCUGUCAUUGCUAGUGAUUUCGAAAUCUUCUUCGAAGGCAAAUUCAAUCCGGAUACACCCACUAGUGCAAUUGCUUUGGAUGACUUGCAUGUUCAUGGAACACCUUGUUCACAAAUUGAUACAACACCGUCACCAUCAGUUCCAUUCGAUUGUGGCGAUGGUACAACAGUUCCUCAAUCUUUAGUUUGCAACUUCAUCACUGAUUGUGCAAAUGGCCGUGAUGAACAAGAAUGUGCAGAUUGUACAUUUGAACAAGGUACAUGUCGUUGGUUAGAUAUCAGCAUUGGUCCCUAUUCCUGGUCACGUGAUCAAGGCAAUACUGUUGCACCACUACAUCUUGGUCCAGUUGUUGAUCAUACAACACAUACGGGUCGAGGUUUUUAUAUGUACGUUAAACCAAGUGAUGGUUUGUUCCGGGAUGACGCAACGUUUGAAUUACAACAAGUUCUACAACAAAGUUCAUCAGGAUGUGUACUAGAAUUUUGGCAUCAUAUGCUCGAUCAUCAAUUCCUUAGUGUUCACUUACUGGAAGGUGAUGAUUCAAUUGAAAUCUGGGAAGAAGAUCAUGCUCAUGGUGAUCAGUGGGAAUCUGUUACUCUACCAUUAGGACGAAUUGCACGACCAUGGCGUAUACGAUUCUUAGCAGAGCGAAGCUCGGGCGAUGGAACAGUUGCUAUCGAUGAUGUCAGCCUAAAGAACUGUCAAUUUCCACCUGUACGAUCAAACUGCACUGCUAACCAAUUUCGAUGUGCACGCAAUGCUUGCAUACCACUAGAUAAAGUUUGCGAUUUUUCGGAUGAUUGCGGUGACAACUCGGAUGAACUCAAUUGUCAAAAUUAUAUCAUGUGUAGUUUUGAGGAACCAACAGGAAUGUGUGGUUGGUCACAAGAUAGCGAUAAUAAUAUCGAUUGGGAACUUGGACAAGGUGAAACUGAGUCGUACAAAACAGGACCUAAACGUGAUCACACACUUGGUUUACCAAACGGACAUUUCAUUUUUCUCGAAGCAUCUUCUCCAGCUGUUCAAGGCGAUCGUGCUCGUAUAGCUUCACCUGUUUUGAAUAGUACAGGAGUUUCGUGUGACUUUCGGUUCUUUUGGCAUAUGUAUGGAGAAGAUAUUAAUGCGCUCAAUGUUUAUACUCGAACAAAUUAUGGUGGUGCAAUGAACAAGAUUUGGUCGAGAGUAGGUGAAGUCGGCGAUUACUGGAGUCGAACUGAUCUUUCACUAAUAAUCGGUCAACCAUUCCAAAUUGUUCUCGAAGCAGUUGCCGGUGAUGGUUAUGCCGGUGACAUAGCUAUUGAUGACACAUCAUUUACACCUGGUUGCGUCUUGGCAAACAUCGAAUUAGCUACCGUAGCAACACCCGUACCCGAUACGACAACACCGAAUCCAUGUGCAGCUAUGAAUCAAUUUAUGUGUAUCGAAAACGGCCAAUGUAUCGACAAAGCUAAAGUAUGUGACUUUAAAGUCGAUUGUCCACAACCCGGAGGUAGCGAUGAAGCAGAAUGUGGUGCAUGUACGUUUGACGCCAAUAAUGGAACGACAUGCGGUUGGAAAGAUUAUUCAUUUGGAGAUACCAAGUGGAAACUAACAACAGGAAAUACAUACCUUGGACCACCUGGUGAUCAUACAACAGGCAGCGGAUUUUACAUGAGUGUGCCAGACAGUGACAGUUUUUCAUUUGCAUCAAUGCGUACACCAACUAUUGGUCCUACUGCAACUGAAUGUCAGUUGAGAUUUUGGUACUAUCUAGACAUUGAUAAGAGCCAGAGUAGUAGUCGAAUUUCGAUCUAUUUUCGACGAGAAUCGGAUAACUUUAUACUGUUUCAAUUUAUUCAGCGAAUUGACGAACCAACUGGAGCACAAUGGAAGCAAGCCGUUAUUGACAUUGGUGAAAGAUCGGAACGCAUUGUAAUCGAAAUUGAUGGAACACCUUCUGCUGAAAACGCAGUUGCUAUUGAUGACGUUGACUUUUACAGCUGUGAUGUAGCAGCACCGCCAGCACUUGGCUUACCAAUUGAUUGCACAUUUGAAAAUGGUUGGUGCAACUUCUUCCACGAUCCAAGAGCAGAUUUUGAAUGGGAACGCACGAAUACAGCAACAUCCACAUCAAACACUGGACCUGGCUUCGACCAUACAACUGGAUCUGGUUAUUAUCUGUUCAUCGAAGCAUCCUAUCCUAGAGUACCAAACGAUCGUGCUCGAAUCCUCUCUGGCUAUCAAUAUCCAUCAUCCACUCCUCAGUGUUUAACAUUCUGGUAUCAUAUGUUUGGGGCUGAUAUUGGUACAUUAAAUGUUUAUGUACAAACUUUACCGACCGGUUCAUCAAGUGUUUCUUCGAAACUUAUUUGGUCAAAAUCUAGUACGCAAGGUAAUGUAUGGCGUCGUGCAACACAAACAUUAAACAAUCUUAAUUCAACUGGUAUGUACGGUUGGCGUGUUGCAUUCGAAGGCGUUAUUGGAAAAGGUUUUCUCGGCGAUAUCGCACUUGAUGAUAUAUUUCUCAGUUCAUCGGAAUGUCCAGCAACUCGUACAUGUGAUUUCGAACUUGGCCUAUGCGAUUUUCAACCAAAUCCUCAGGGUAGUUGGAUACAACAACAAGCAACCAAUAUAUCGAAUUUCAUCAACGAAGAUCAUACCUCGUCAACAUCCUUAGGUUAUUUUGCAAUGGCAACUCAAGACAAUGCUAAACUUCGUAGUAAACAAUAUCCGUACGCUGGAGAUGAAUGUUUGAGAUUUUGGUAUUUUGUCAAUGGACCGGACGGAACAACAGGUAAAUUAACUGUAGCUAAACAGAAUAGCCCGACAUCCACGGAAGCCGAACUUUGGUCAAAUAAUUUGUAUGAAAAUGUCUGGCGUUACAGUCAAGUUGCUGUCAAUGGUCUUCAGAACCCAUUCUUUUACCUCUUCCAAGCAUCAAAAUCAAGUGCUGAAGUAGUCAUCGGUGUUGACGAUGUCCUGCUAACACUUGGUUACUGUCCACCACCUAUCAACUGUGACUUUGAAGGCCCAGAUAUCUGUAGUUGGACACAAAUGAAAGAUGAUACGUUUGAUUGGUUAUUACAAUCCGGUGCUACAGAUUCAUUCGGUACUGGACCAACUGUCGAUCAUACAACGAAUUCACCUCAAGGACACUAUGUCUAUAUUGAAACUUCAUCACCGACCAAAAUCAAUGAUACAGCACGAAUCAUCAGUGAACAACUUGUGACUGGACAAGGUUGCUUUUCACUUUGGUAUCACAUGCAUGGCGAAGAUAUAGGCGCAUUAGUUAUUUACACAAGUACUAAAUCCAAUCCAAAAACAGAAGUCAAUCGAAUUACCGGUGAACAAGGAAAUCUAUGGAAACAAUUGACCACUGACCUUGCGGUUAACUUACAAAACAGAGAAUCAGUUCGAAUCAUUGUUGAAGGUAUUGCAGGAAACAGCUUUCAAGGUGAUAUUGCUAUCGAUGACAUUACUUGGUCACCAGGUGCAACAUGUACAUCCAUAGAUACUACAACCACUACAGGCACACCAACUGCACCAGUUACUUAUCCACCAACGAUCUACGAUUGUGAUUUCGAAUGCAAUUGUACUUGUAAUUGGAAACACGAUGAUACGUUACCAUUCAAAUGGAUUGUACGAAAAGGCUCAACUUCAAGUUUUGAUACCGGACCAGAUGGUGAUCAUACUACAGGCUCGAAUCAAGGCCACUUCAUUUAUAUUGAAUCAAGUUCGCCAGCGAAACCCAACGAUACGGCUCGAUUAAUCAGUCCUGAUUUGAUUGCGUCAACCGAACAACAAUGUUUCCGAUUUUAUUAUCACAUGUUCGGAUCUGAUGUCUAUCGAUUGAAUAUUUAUUCUCGCAUCAACGGAAAUCUUGGCAAAGCACUAUGGCAAAAAGAAGGCAAUCAAGGUAAUCAAUGGUAUUUGGGUCGAAUUCAAUUGCUCGGCAAUGUUGAACAAACUGUCGGUCAACCAUACCAAUUAGUUUUGGAAGGCAUCGUUGGCAAAGGUUAUCUCGGUGACAUCAGUGUCGACGAUCUUGCCGUCAACGUUGGACCAUGUCCACUAUCAUCUGUGUGCGAUUUCGAAAGCAGCGAUCUAUGUGGUUACGCCAACGAGCCAACAAAUACUAUCGACUGGGUACGAUAUCAAGCAGGAACAGACCCGCUUAUUCCAACUAUCGAUGCCAGCUACGGUUCAUCACAUGGACACUUCAUGUUCUUGAGAGGAAAUGAUACAGCACGCGUUUCAUCGAGUCGUCUUGUGACGCCAUUGUAUCCAGACACAAGUGGUUCAUGUAUACGAUGGUACAUGGUAUUGGAAAAUACAGCAACAUUACGUGUACGAACAACAGCAUUUGGCUCCUUGAAUCCGAAUGUUCUUUAUACGAUUCAUGGUACUCAAGGCUCACAAUGGAAAUUAGCUCAAACAACUGUACGAAGUGGUGCAUCAUAUCACAUUAUUUUCGAAGGUCUUUUGAACCACACAAAUGGUGUAUUAGAUUCGAUAGCGCUCGACGAUGUUAGCAUACGAUCUGGUGCAUGCGAUCUAUUGGGUUCGUGUGAUUUCGAACAAGGUAUCUGCGGUUAUCAAUUGAUGAAAGCCGACUUUGAUUGGAAACGAACAUCAUACAACAUUGAAAUAUUUAGCGCACCACAAUUUGAUCACACCACAAAUAGUCGUGCAGGAUUCUAUCUUUGGAUCGAACGUCGACAAUCAACACAAGGUAAAAAGGCUCGAAUUGAAUCUGAACUUAUUCCAGUUGGUAUCAACUGUAUAUCAUUCUGGUACUACAUGAACAAUACCGUUGGUGCUGAAUUAAAUGUUUACAUACGCGAUCCACGUUCAGAUUUCUACAAUAAAAUCUGGUCAACGGAUACAAUUCAUGGAUCAUUCUGGGUAUUACAAGAAGUUAAUGUUCGACCGAAUAUGACAGUUAAUGGAACAAACAUGUUUACCAUCGUCUAUGAAGGUGUUGUCGGUUCAAAGACUGGCGAUUUGGCUAUCGAUGAUUUGAGCGUUCGAUCUGGAACAUGUCAAUCAAGUACACCACCUCAAAAUAUGUACAAAUGUCUCGACGGUACACUUAUUCCAAAAACAAAGGUGUGCGAUUUUGUUGUCGAUUGUAAAGGUGGUGACGAUGAACGAUCAUGCGGUAAUUGCACAUUCGAUGGAACAUCAAAUUCACUAUGUGGCUGGAGUGAUAUUAGUAAAGGCACCAUCCGAUGGGAGCGUGGUUCAAAUGACACGCUAAUAGGGGCAGGUCAAGGUCCACCAUUCGAUCAUACAACAUACCAACCGAAUGGUAAUUAUAUCUAUCUAACGCAAGGCAAUGGUACGACUCCAAAUGCACCAGCACGUUUUGUCACGCCAGUUCUUCGUGAAGCAAGCACAACAUGUCUCUUAGAAUUCUGGGUUUAUCUGACAGGUACUUCAUCAAAUCAAUUGUCUGUUAAAUUACUAACUGGCAAUCAAAUCGAACGAGCAACAUUACAACGUUUUCACUAUAAAUCAAUGACAAAUUGGACAAAAGUAAACAUAGAAAUUGGUCGCGUCGAUGUACCAUUCCAAAUAGCAAUGGAAUCAGGACGUACUUCAAAUUAUGGAUGGGUUGCUUUCGAUGAUACAAAGAUACUUCACUGUCACUUACCACCGAUUGUUAAUAUAACAAAAUGUCAAGCAGCUAAUCAGUUCUACUGUUCACGUGGCUCAUGUAUUCCAACAGCUCGUAUUUGCGAUAUGACUGAUGAUUGUGGAGAUCAUUCGGAUGAAUCAACUCGUCUAUGUUCAGGAUACCGAACAUGUACAUUCGACACAUCAUUCUGCGACUGGACACACGAUAACACAUCCAACUUCAAAUGGGAAUUAGUCAAAGGCGCAUCGCCAUCUGAUGAUACAGGACCAAAUCGCGAUCAUACAACUGGCUAUUCAACAGGUCAAUAUGCUCUAAUAGAAGCAUCCUAUCCACAAAUAGUCGGAGACAAAGCUCGUUUGAUUAGUCGAUCCUUUGAACCAAAAACAAACAGCUGUCGUCUAGUAUUCUACUAUCACAUGUAUGGAUCCGAUAUGGGUGAAUUAAAUAUCUACGUCCGAUACUUUUCAAACGGUCCCCUCGAGAAAGUCUUUGGUAUAUCAGGUGAACGAGGCAACGCAUGGAUUCGACAUGAACUGAAAUUACCAUACACUACACCAUUUCAAGUUUUAGUCGAAGGUGUCAUCGGAAAGGGUUUCUUGAGCGAUAUUGGUCUUGACGAUACAAUCUUUUCACCUGAAUGCGAUUCUUAUUCACAAUCAGAAUUACCUACAACAGUAAUUACAACAACAAUUGCACCAAAACCAUGUCCAGUACCAGAUCAAGUACAUUGUGCUGGAUCUGACAUCUGUAUUGACAAAGACAAAAUCUGUGAUUUUACUGCUGAUUGUCCUGAUGCAUCAGACGAAGCUGGUUGUGGUCCAUGUAAUUUCGAAAAAGACGAUUGCGGCUGGGAAGAUGUCUCAUGGACUUAUUACACAUGGUCUCGUAUUCAAGCAAGCAAAGCUGUUUUAAUUUCACCAAAGGCACCCGCUUACGAUCACACUCUAAACAACGCAGAUGGAUGGUACAUGCAUGUCGCCGGUGACCUGGGUGAUUUCACUGAUAUCGCUGAAUUGCGUAGUCCAGCUCUACCAGCAUCAAGUCCUGAAUGUCAAUUGGUGUUUUAUUACUGGCUUGUUGGAGAUAAUACUGGUACAUUAGAAGUUUUUUCGUCGUCGAACAGAAGCGCUCUUUGGAGUCAAUCAAGUGCAGUCGCAAAACGUUGGAAUCGAGCUACAGUUAAUGUUGGAGCAAACCCCGCUGGCUGGAGAAUAUUCUUCGAACUAGAACCAAACCUCAGCUUCUUCGGCCUUUGGACAGACGACGUUGCGAUUGAUGAUAUCUCAUUUUCAGAAUGUAGUGCAAAUCGUUCACGGCAUGUACUCGAUUGCGAUUUCGAAACAGAUCUCUGUUCAUGGGAAACAAAAGGCUUAGCUGAUUUCGAAUGGACACGACAUUCUUCUCAUACAUCGUCAUCUGCAACUGGACCACCUGGCGAUCAUACAACUGGUAAAGGAUACUACGUUUAUAUUGAAUCUAGCUCUCCACAAAAACCUGGCGAUCGAGCUUGGCUUCGAAGUCCAUUGAUACCACCGACCACAGCAAAUUGUCUUGUUUUCUAUUAUCACAUGUUCGGAGCUGAUAUACGUACGUUGAACGUCAUGAUACACACACCUGAUUCUAAUCUAACGAUCUUUACACGUACCGGAGCACAAGGAAACGUUUGGCGACGAGGCCAAAUUGAUUAUGCCAGUACAGAAUCCUAUCAAAUUAUAUUCGAAGGCAUUGUCGGAAAAAGCUGGGAAGGUGAUAUAGCUCUCGACGAUAUCGAACUCAAUGUUGGUCAAUGCCCAGCACCAAGUGAAUGUACAUUCGAACAUGGAUUAUGUCCAGGUUGGGAACAUGAUAAUGAAGGCGACUUUAACUGGACUCGCGGACGAAAUGGUUCAACACCAAGUGGUACACCUACUGUCGAUCACACAUUCUCAUCAGCAGUCGGACAUUUUAUGUAUAUCAAUCCAACUGGGCGUUUACAAGGUGAUACAGCUAUUCUUAUGUCACCAAGUUAUAAAGGAAGUCAACCAAGAUGUUUACGUUUAUGGUAUCACCUGUUCGGAGCUGGUCAAGGUACAUUACAAAUUCAACAAAAACCGGAAAUUGGCCGAGCGAAAACUUUAUGGACACGUACAAACGAUCAAGAUAAUAUUUGGCGACAAGCACGUGUUAACAUUCCACCGUUACUUGGUAUGAGCACAUACAAAAUUCUUAUUGCUGGUAUUGUUGGUGCCAAACCAACUGGAGAUCUUGCAAUCGACGAUAUAUCGAACGAUGAAGGUGAAUGUGCUGGUUUCGAAGUAUGUACGUUCCAAGAAGAUUACUGUUCUUGGGUCAAUGGACAGAAUGGUGUUGUUGAUGAUUUCGAUUGGUUACGUAACGCUGGUGAAACACCAAGUUAUGGAACAGGCCCAAGCGUUGAUCAUACAUUCGGAACACCGCAAGGAAUGUAUAUCUAUAUCGAAGCAAGUGAAUUAUUCAACAACGAUUCAAAAGCAUGGCUCAUCUCGGAACACUAUGAUGCUGGUCCACAUUGUCUAGUAUUUUGGUAUCAUAUGUACGGUCCAGACAUUGGUACGUUGAAUGUUUACUCACGUAUUGGAAAUUCACAGCCACAACUUGAAUGGAGUUUGAAUGGAAAUCACGGUGAUGCUUGGCGAAUGGGAGCAGCUAAUGUUAAUAUGGCAGCAGAGUUUUAUUUCAUCAUGGAAGGUGUUCAUGGUGGCAAUUUUCAAGGAGAUAUAGCUCUCGAUGAUCUUCUUGUAAUAACCGGUUCACAUUGUACAAUUCCAACCACUACGACAACUACAACUCCUAUGACAACACUCGGCGGACACACACCGUUGUCAUGCAAUUUCGAAAAUGAUACAUGCAAAUGGACACAUGACUUUACAGCAUCUGGUCAAUGGUCACGACAUCAAGGUCAACCAAAUGGUUUUCAUACUGGUCCUCACUAUGAUCAUACACUUCAAACACAAGAUGGUUGGUAUAUUGAUACAUCGGAUAUGAAGAGCAAUCAAACAGCUCGUUUGAUAAGUGUGAUGACAACUGUACCAGCUCGUGGCAUAUGCUUCCGAUUCUGGUAUCGUGCUUAUGGUUCGCGAACAGGAAGAUUGAAUCUUUUGCAAAAAGCAUCGAAUGAAGUCAAUUCAACGUUAGUCUACAGUUUACGUCCAAAUCUUGAUAUCGACUGGCGUGAAGCUAUUAUUUAUCGAGAAACAGCUGGCAAUUAUCAGUUUAUGCUUGAAGCUAUCGUCGGUUUAGUCGUCGCAGAUUCAGAUAAUAUUGCUGUCGAUGAUAUCACAACAAACGAAGGUUCUUGUCCAGUGCAACGAUUCUGUGAUUUCGAAUCACAAGAUCUAUGUGGUUACAGUCAUGAUUCAUCAGGUAAUUUCAACUGGACUCGUCAUAAAGGAAAAACAGAGAGUUGGUACACUGGCCCACCAUACGAUCAUACAACAUUUACAGCAGAAGGUUAUUAUAUGUAUAUCGAAACAAGUUAUCCACGUAAACCUGGUGACAUUGCUCGUUUAAUUACUCCGGCAUUCCCUGAAUCGAAAGAAUACAAUUGUUUACAAUUUUACUACCAUCAACUAGGUGCUGAUGUCGAUACAUUGAAUGUUUACAAACGUGAUGUGGGCGGUUCACUUCUUCCGACGAAGAUUUUCAGUGCAACAGGAGAUUUCUUUAACGAAUGGCAUGUAGCAGAAAUCAAUCUCGUCGCAAACAAACCAUUCAAUAUUAUUUUCGAAGGUAUUGCUGGCAAAAGUUUCGAAGGAGACAUUGCGAUCGAUGAUGUGCGAUUGAAAGAACGCGCUUGUCCAGAACUUGGUAAUUGCGAUUUCGAACAAGACAUGUGUACGUACAAAAAUGCUGAAGUCGAAAAACAAAUAGAUUGGAUACGAAUGCGUGGCGAACCAGGCGAUAAUACUAUUGGAACUGUGUACGGAACAUAUUUGGCAUUUGAGAUGACUGCAACUACACCACCAUCAAGUCGUGCUCUGCUGUUAUCAGCUCACCUGGAUAAUACAGCUCAAUACUGCUUUCAAUACUAUUACAGACGUUUCGGAGAUGGCCAAGGUUCUUUAACAAUCUAUCGACAAUCAUUCGCUAAUUUAACAGCACGUAUACAAUUAGCUAAACAUGAAAACGAUGCGUUUAAAAAUGAAUGGACAGUCAAUCAAAUUGCAUUAAAUCCAUUAACGAAUCAAACAACGAAGAUCUACCGUUUAUUAUUUGAAGCUACAAGCAUCAAUGGUGUUGGCCGUUUAAUGCUCGAUGAUUUCGAACUUAUCUACGGAGCAUGUCCACCGCUACCAACCAACUGCGCGAUACAAUGCGAUACGCUUACUGGCAAACAGCAAUGCAUACCAUCAAGUCAAGUAUGUGAUUUUAACAAAGAUUGUCUAAAUAAUGCCGAUGAAAGCGCAUGUGGUUAUGAUUGUACAUUUGAACGUGAUCAAUGUAAAUACACGGAUCCAUCAGCAGGCCUAUACAAAUGGCGACGACAACGAGCUGGCGUUUCAGCACCUGGUACAAGCUCAAGUCCACCUAUUGAUCAUACAACAUUCUCAUCCAAUGGUUAUUAUAUGAUUGUGUCAACGAAUAAUGGCACGAUCGAUGAUCAAGCACAUUUACUUUCACCACUACUUCAACAAUCAUCUUCGACAUGUGAAGUCGUCUUCUACUACCAUAUGUCAGGAGUCAAUGUCGGCCGUCUCGAAGUUCUACUUAUUGAAGGCUCAGAAAAAAGUCGUAUAUGGUCAAUCGAAGGUAAUCAAGGUGAUCGUUGGCAUAAGGGUGUCGUCAAAAUCGGACGCCUAUAUCGCCCAUUCCGUAUUCGUUUUGAUGCACGAAAAACAGCAACAACAUUAGCUGACAUUACGAUCGAUGACAUCGAAUGGAACGGUUGUAAUUUACCAGUGAUUAGCAAUGAAACAACAACAUGCGAUAGCACACAAUUUCAAUGUAAACGCGGUGGAUGCAUCGAUCAAAAUCGUGUGUGUGAUUAUACCGAUGAUUGCGGCGACACGAGCGAUGAAGAUAAAGUACUUUGUAAACGAUCUGACGUUAUAUCUGGCUGUGACUUUGAAACCGAUCUAUGCAGCUUCAGAAAUGAAUAUAAUGCUCCUAUUCAAUUCCAACGUGCACGCGCUUUCCAAAUAGUAGAUGAUUACGCACCUGAAAGAGAUCACACAUUAAACAAUAUCGCUGGCUCAUUCAUUUAUGCUAAUACUAUGGGUCAGGAUGCAGGUCGCUCUGGUCGAUUGAUAUCAUCUCGAUUGGUGCCAACAAAAGGCUGUAAAGUACGAUUUUACUACUAUAUGAACAGUGCAUCGAGCGCAGGCGAAUUAAAUUUUAUGACUCGAAAUCAAUCAUCAGGACCAACAACAUACCUUUGGUCAACAUCAAAAGUAGUUGGCCAUCAUUGGGAAAGACAAGAAGUACCGAUUGCAGCAGGAACACUAUCUGAAUUGCUUAUCGAAGUACGAAGUCUUGGUGGUGGUGGUUACAUCGCUAUCGAUGACAUCUCAUUUUCGCCACAAUGUAACAAUUCGAACGGUUAUUUACCCUACGGAACAACAUUACCAUCCAUGACAACUACUCGAUCACCAUGUACAUAUUCGUGCAACGAUGGAACAUGCGUUGGAAAAGAUAAGCGCUGCAACUUUGCACCGGACUGUCCACAAGGCGAAGAUGAAUUAAAUUGUGGUACUUGCGAUUUUGAAACAUCUACAUGCGGUUGGCAAGACGACAGUGUAGGAUAUUAUCUUUGGGCGCGACGUAAUGCGUCAUCGAUCACAUCUAUGCCUGGUGAUUUAACAACAAACAAGACAAGUGGUUUUGUUAUGACAGUUGCCGGAGGCGCUGGUACAUUUGCUGGUAAUAGUCGAUUAAUAUCGGAACGUAUUGCAAUAGCAGCUGCUUCAUGUCAUAUUUCAUUCGGUGUAUAUCGCUUUCGGGAUACCACUGGCACAUUGACACUUCAUUUGCAAGAUGACUCGAACUAUCAAACAAGACUCUGGACAGAUCCACGAACAGUCGGCCGAAAUUGGACAGUAACUACAGUGAGCAUAGGACGAAGAUAUUCAGGUUUUCGAUUGGUCUUUUCGUCAACACAUGUUGGAUCAACAAUAUCAUCUGAUAUUUCAAUCGAUGACUUUAAAUUCGAAGAUUGUGCUAUACAAAAACAAGGUCAUUGCGAAGGUUACACUGAUCCAUACAAUUGUUCAAAUGGAAACUGUAUUCAUCAAGAUUCCUUAUGUGAUUAUAAUGAUGACUGCGGUGAUAAGAGCGAUGAGAACGUUUGUGACGCUUACGUCGAAAUGUGUGACUUCGAAAAUAACGCUCAGCCACUCUGUUCAUGGUCACAUGAUCCAGAUGCCGAUUUUCGCUGGCAACGUGUACGCGGUGAACAAAUUAAUAACAACAAUUGGUAUGAUGAUUUCUGGCAAUUAUACGGACCUGAUCGUGAUCAUACACUAGGCACAAACAAAGGACAUCUGCUGUACUUCGAAGCAAGUACAUCUCGUAAAGUAAACGACACAGCACGUGUUGUCAGUACAGUAUUUUCUCCAUCAACAUCGGGCAAAUGUGAAUUUCGAUUCUGGUACCACAUGUACGGUUAUGACAUUGGAGCAUUGAACAUCUACACACGCACUUAUGUCGGUGGUCCACUGAAUCUGCUUUGGAGUCAGAAAGGUAAUCGAGGCGAUGUGUGGCUCCGUCGUAAAGUAACACUCCAAUCGACUGAUCCGUUUCAAGUUGUCAUCGAAGGUGUUCGUGGUCAAGGUUAUGAAGGUGAUAUUGGUAUUGAUGACAUAAGCUUUACACCAGGCUGUGCAGUACUAUCGACACAAACACUACCACCAUUUAUUUAUUCAACGACGCCGAUGCCAGGCUGUAAUGCCACACAUGCAUACUGUCUGACAGAUAAGACGCAAUGCAUACCACGAGAACAAUUUUGCAACUUUAAAAUCGAAUGUAAUGACAAGACUGACGAAUUAUCUUGUCCAAUAGCAUGCACUUUCGAGCAAAAAACACUCUGCCAAUGGGCACAUGAUACAAAACAAAAACUGAAAUGGAGCUUUGGUAAUUCAGACACAUCAUCUGCGAAUACAGGUCCAAGUUUUGAUCAUACGACGCAUAGUGUUAAUGGCACAUACAUCUAUUUGGAAACAAGUGAUGGCGUCAACGGCGAUAAAGCACGUUUGAUCAGUCCACUCUAUCGUAAAUCAUCGAAAACUUGCAUGUUCACAUUCUGGUAUCAUAUGUACGGUCAAACAAUCAACACAUUGAAUAUUUUUGUACGUGCAGGUGGUAUUGACACAUUAGUAUGGUCAUUACAAGGAAAUCAAGGAACAGACUGGCUAUUGGGAACGGCUUAUCUUCCAACAUGUGUAUCACAAUUCAAUAUUGUUGUCGAAGGUAUACGCGGCACAUCGUUUACAGGCGAUAUCGCUUUGGAUGACUUCCGAUUUGAACAAUGUUACGAAGCGCCAGCACUUCUACCACCAACGUGUCCAGCCGGUGAUACAAAUCAAUUCAUGUGUGCAAGCAAGCACUGUAUCCCACAAGCAAGUAAAUGCGAUUACGAACUCGAUUGUUGUGAUGGAAGUGAUGAAGAAGAAGUUGUUUGCUACGACUAUCAUCGAUGUGAUUUUGAACAGGAUUCAUGUUUAUGGGAACCAACAUCUGGCAGUGAAUUAAAAUGGGAAAGAUACCGCGCGAAUGCAUUACCGUUCCACCACAGACCACCUUACGAUCAUUCAACACGAAGUAGUAAUGGACACUUCUAUGCGUUACGAUUAAAUGCUACUACUCCACGUGAUACAUUUGCAUCGAUAUCAACUUACAUGGCACCUUCACGUGAACAAGGAUGUACAAUGCGCUUCUGGGCGUACUUCAAGAGUUCAAACAAUGGACUGUUAAUGGUUAAUUAUCGAUAUGAAAUCGGAGCUGAUUUGAUAGCACUUCCGAUCUCCAGCUUUUCAUCAUGUCCAACAAAUUCGUCCAAAUGCUCAUGGCAGCGUAUUGACGUUGCAUUGAGUUCGAUCUUGACCAAUGCUACAGAAAUCAUGAUCGGUGUCAGAACUGGUGUAGAUCGAGAUGCAAUCAUGGCUAUCGAUGACGUUACAUUUACACCGCAAUGUAUUAAAUUCAAUGGAACAAUCCCAACAAGACCUCCAACAACACCAUAUACAGGUCCGUCGACAACGACAACAACAACGACAUCAACAUCUUCUACAACUGGUAUUACUGGAAUCACAACGACAACCACGUACUCAGGCCCAGCAACAACAACUACAACCCCUACGGAAUGUGCUCAGUUCACUUGCUAUAACCAGGGUAUUUGUAAACCAUCACCAACCGAAGUUGGCAAACCAGUCUGCGAAUGUAAACCUGGCUUCACCGGUGCUCAGUGUGAAACAAAAGAAAAACCGAAGAAAAAGAGCAACUUGGGUGCUAUCUUGGGUGGAAUAUUUGGUGCUAUUGCUGCCAUUGCUCUCGCUAUAGUUGGUUACAUUUUCAUUCUACCACGUAUUCGUGCUGCUAGAGAUAACGCUAGUACACCAUUGAUCACACAACCACCAUUGGGUCCAAUUACUAAUCCACUUUACAAUGAAGCUGCGGCAAGUAGUGAUGCAUAA